GCCACAGACGGGGCGGCGGAGCCUGCGGAGUGCCAUUCGGAGGGAGGGCGGCGGAGCAGGAGGGUAGGUUGGCAGGGCUGGCAGGCUGCAGGUGCGGUAGCGCCGCCUCCCCCCCCACCCCCGAAACUCGCGGCUAGGUAGGAGCGCGAGCCUUAAGCAACCCCCGCUCCCACCACACCACCUCAUCUGUGCCUCCUCAGCGGCCGGCGCCGUGUGGACAAUGUGAGCCGCGAGGAGCCGAGCUGCCGACGAGGGCAGCCAUGACCACAGCUGGGCGGUAGAACUUGCCUCACUCGGGAUCCCCGGUCGCCUUCCCAUCCCCCCCUUUUUUUCCUUCCCAGGGGAAAGAGCCUCGAGGGGGGAAAAAACCCGCCUCGUUCCUGUGGCCCUCGGAGCCGCCGCCAUGUCCAGCUCCUCCUCGCAGACCCCUCCUCACCACCCGCCCGCGCAGAGGAUGCGCCGCGGGGCCGCCGGGUCCCCCACCAGCGGCGGCGCCGGAGCCUCCUCAGUCGGUAGUAGCGGGGCCGGAGCAGCAGCAGCAGGAGGAGGAGGAGGAGGAAGCGGCGGUAGCGGCGCCCCCGGUGGCAGCUCGGGGACUAGCCGGCUGCUCCAGCCUAUCCGCGCCACCGUCCCUUACCAGCUCCUCAGGGGCAACCAGCACAGCCCCACUCGCUCUCCCGCCGCCUCAGCCUCGGUGGGGAGCAACACCGGCCCCGGGGGGCCUCGCGGAGCAGCAGGAGGAGGAGGCGGCAACAACGGCGGCAGCAGUCCGCCCCCGCCCAGCUCGACCCCUCCGUUGUCCCUCGCGGCUGCCGCCUCCCCGCCAGGAGCAGGCGGCGCGGCGGAGCCCGGGAGGGUGAAGGCGAGGCAGAGGCGCUCCCCCGACAGCAGCAGCAGCGGCAGGCGGAGAAGCAUCUCACCUGAGAGGAGGAGCCCCAGUUCGCCCAUCUACAGAGUGGACAGGCCAAAAGCCCAGCAAAUUAGAACUUCUAGCACCAUAAGACGUACCUCUUCUUUGGACACAAUAACGGGACCUUACCUCACAGGACAGUGGCCACGAGAUCCCCACAUACACUAUCCUUCAUGCAUGAAGGAUAAAUCCACUCAGACACCUAGCUGUUGGGCAGAAGAGGUAUUAGAAAAGAGAUCGCAUCAGCGUUCAGCUUCAUGGGGGAGCGCUGAUCAACUAAAAGAAAUUGCCAAAUUGAGACAGCAGCUCCAGCGCAGUAAACAGAGUAGUCGUCACAAUAAAGAAAAAGAACGUCAGUCGCCUCUCCAUGGCAACCAUAUAGCAAUCAAUCAGACUCAGGCUUCUAUAACGAGAUCAGUCCCUAUGCCGCUCUCAAACAUUUCAGUGCCAAAAUCAGCUGUUUCGCGUGUGCCGUGCAAUGUAGAAGGAAUAAGUCCAGAACUAGAAAAGGUGUUCAUCAAAGAGAACAGUGGAAAGGAAGAAAUGUCCAAGCCCUUGGAUAUUCCUGAUGGCCGACGAGCUCCCUUACCUGCUCACUAUCGUAGCAGCAGCACGCGUAGCAUCGAUACGCAAACACCUUCUGUGCAAGAACGCAGCAGCAGCUGCAGCAGCCAUUCCCCAUGCAUUUCUCCUUUUUGUCCUCCUGAGUCUCAGGACGGGAGUCCUUGCUCCACAGAAGACAUGCUGUAUGACCGUGACAAAGACAGUGGGAGUAGCUCACCGUUGCCCAAGUAUGCCUCCUCUCCUAAACCCAACAACAGCUACAUGUUCAAACGAGAGCCCCCAGAGGGAUGUGAGCGAGUGAAGGUCUUUGAGGAAAUGUCGACUCGUCAGCCUGUCUCAGCCCCUCUCUUUUCAUGUCCUGACAAAAACAAGGUUAAUUUCAUCCCAACCGGAUCAGCUUUCUGUCCUGUAAAACUUCUGGGCCCUUUACUACCUGCUUCUGACCUGAUGCUCAAAAGCUCUCCAAACUCUGGUCAAAGCACAGCUUUGAGUACUCUGACUGUUGAGCAGCUUUCAUCUCGGGUCUCUUUCUCCUCUCUGUCAGACGACACCAGCACAAUGGACCCUACAGAGGUUUUAGUACAACAGCCAUCCCAGCAGCAGCCACCACAGCUUUUGCAAGAACUGCAGUCCGAAGAACACUCCUCUCCUCAAAAUUACGUGAUAAUCUAGAUAAUAAUCUAGAUGAGCAAAGGCAGAGGGACGGUCUAAAACUCAACUGCAUGAGUGGCACUUUUCUGGAACAAAACAAAGCUACUUAUCAGCAUCUUUCUGCAUUUCAGCACUGUUCUUGGCAGGGACAAAAAUGCAUUCAGCAUUUUUGUGUUUGUGUGUGAGUUUGCAGGGGGGGGGAGCAGAAUGCUUGCAGAAUCUGUGUAUCAUUAAGCAUUUUAAGUGGAGACUAUGCAUUUCAUAGAAUGUUUGACCAGAUUAGUACUUUGUCCUGUGUUCUGUUUCAAAUUCUACAGUAUAAAUAAGCUCUAUAUCAAACAAAGGUUGCCUGUCUAAAUAGAAAAUGUCUUGCUGUGUUGUAUUCUAUGGAAAAUACUGUACUUCAGGAUUAUGUUUACAAUUUAUCCAGGUAUUUAUGUUUUGAACUUCUGUAAUACAUACAAUGCAAAAAAAAAAAAUUAUGGCCACAACAGUUGCACAGUGUCCCCACCCUAUAUGGCCUAGCUUCAGGUACUUCUCUCGAAGUCUAAACUCAGGUAACUUGGAAUGUAUAUCAUAUUGGGAUAUAAAAUAUUUUACAGCUAAAAAGCUAAAGAGGGAUCAUCACUCUUCUGCCUUUCCUUAUUUUAUGCAUUAAUAUUUCCUCAUUACAUUCCACUUUCUUGGAAAAAGUGCAUUCAGAUCUAGGGGGAUACGAACCCUGGACAUGGGUGAACAUGAGGAGAACCAGCAAAUCUGUGGUGUGCUGCAUCACAUUGUCAUGUGGUUACAAGUAAAACAAAAAACUAAAGCGUGUAAAUUGUGGCAUUUUAAAGUUUCAGGUGUUUGCACAGUUAAUGACUGUUAAGCUGUUGUGAAUAAAGUGUUCAGUUUUAGGCUGCACAUAAGAAACAUUCCAUGACGUGUGUGUGAGAGAGGCUCUAAGGCAAGAAUGUUUUCAUUUAAUUUCAGCAAAUUCAUUCCCCCCUCCCCCCAGGUUUCAGAGGGGGUGGGUGGGAAUUUCCUCACGCGUUUGCAUUGGCAAGUUAUAAGGACGUGAAAUGCUACUGUUACCAUUUUAGGAGUCUUAAUUAAUGUUUAGUUUCUCUUUUGGAGGAAAUGUUCCAUUCACAUGCUGGUUGCAAAAAAAUAAUAAUUAUCUCGGGUUUUUGACAAGCAAUGAUCGGUGAACUUUGUUUUAUUUGUACAGUGGGUAUUUUGCAUCUGAACUUUAAAAAAAAAAUCUCUUAAAGCGGCUAUGAGGUUUUGUAGAAAAAAAACAAAAACAAAAAAAGAGAAAGAAAGAAAAAGAAAGAAAGAAAGAAGCAAUAGUUUUUAAGUCAUGUAUCUAAUCGAAGCCUUUCUUAGUACCCUCUGGUUUAGGCCCAUUAGCAGGUAAAUUUAUUGCAGUUUGAAGGUGGGCAGGCAGUGCAGUCGCUUGUCUUUCCAGAUGCUGCAUAGCUUAGAAGCCUCCAGUAGUGUUACAUUACAGUAGCCCUGGAACUGUGCGAGUGCUGCUUUCAGAGAGAAUGAACCUGCAAUACAAAGAGGGACCCCAAAGGCAAGAGACCCACUCAAUAUUCUUAGCUCUGUGCUUUCAGUUCAGUGGAAGUACCUUUAUGCAAGCCUGUUCCUAAGAAAGCCUACUUGCCCCUCUUCAGGAACUGAAAAGAUUAAGAUUGCAGCUGCUGCUGCAGCAGCAUUUAUACUCUCUCCGCUACUUCUUUUGUGGAAGAAAUUUGGGAAAUAAUAAAAAAGGCCUCAGUGAAAAGUACCUAAGAAAAGCAAUGAAAUAUACAGCACAUGUAUGUUGUUGCAAGAUGAAGCCCAGUUUCCUUCCUAUCAUCACCAAAGAGUUUGGUAAUAACCUGUUAGGAAGUUUGACCGACAGCCUCUUUUUCAGUCGCUGUGUGACUGUAGGAACAGGCGGAGAGUGGAAAGCUUAAAAGAUCUGUUUCUUUUGUUUUCACAGUAUUUUUUUUUAAUACAGCAACAGGCAUCUUUAAUCUUGCUAAUCUCAGGCCUUGGUGGAAGCACUAUAUAGUUUGUAUGUUAAUAAAGGGUAAGGGAAAAAGCAUCCAGUUUCUUGUGACCUAAAUGUGUGUUCUUUGAAGUUUUACAUUAAAGUUGAAUAUGACAGUA